ACGACUCUCACACCUCCAGCAUUAGGGUUAUGGCUGAUUGAUACCCUCCAAAGCACGACAACACGACAACCCAAAGUUUUCCUUCCAUCCGUUGUUUCUAACAUCAUGUUACCCAAGUCAAUAGUCUACAGGGGUACUGCUGUUACAUUCAAACAACACAAACAGUCUGAUCGCCCAUUGGCUACUAGAAGAGGUGGAAGCAAUGUCAAGUCAAGAAGAGUUUGAUUCGCUAUGGGAUGACGUGUCUGCUGCAUCGGAUACGUUCCCACGCAACGAGAAGACCCGGUCGUCCAACCACAAAAUAAGGGAACUUGACCACGAAGAGGAGCUUCAGUCAUUCUCCUCAUCCUCUUCGUCGUCAUCAUCAGAAGAAGGAAAUCUGAACGAAAUCUCAGAGGAAGCCGAAACGGAGGAUAGACAGAGUAAAAGGGAAAAUGACAAAGAGCUGCGCCAAUGCCUGCUCUUGAUGGAAAAGCAUCAGAGUCGGGUGGGACUGGCGGCACAGUUGGCAUUUCAAGACCGAAAUUCACUGCAAGUCAUCUGCCAAUUCGCCUUGGGAUUUCUACAUUCCGUCAACGAGUUGUUGGCCCAGGAUGAGGAUGAUGAAUCGGAUGAUGAAUCAAGCGCCACUCCCUGUGCGGGUCCAACGCCCACGGAUCAUGAGUGGGAUCCAUCCAGCCGCAAAGAGGGUUAUGGGGAAACAUCACGAGAAACAACAACAGAUGGUAAUGAAGAACAGUUGGAGGGAACCAAUGGCAUGAAAGGUGGCGUGCCAGAGGAAGGUGUCUUGCUGGAUGGCGAUGACGACGACGACAGCAAACUUAGCAUAUCUUCUUCCGAGUAUGACACAGACGACUUUGCAGUACCGACAGUGGCAACUUGGAGCUUCACUGUCCUCAUCUUGGCCACCGGCAAGACGUUCGAAACGCCCAAAUUUUCGCCUUCCAUGGAGAUGGGUGGUAUCAUCUUUGACCUCAAAGACUGGGUAUCAGAGCAGGAGCAAACCAAGGAGGUAUUUGAGCUGCGAGGGGCGACAAGCAGUACCACCUUUCAUUACGAUGACAUACGCCUGUUUCACGAGAACGAAGAGAUCCUAGACGAUGAAGACUUGUUCUCUGCGCCGCAAGACUCCCAACUGAGCUUGAUUGUGGGUUGUGAUCUGAACAUCCGAUGUCUUGAUGGCAAGAUAUGGCACCUGCCUUUUGAUCACUCUUGCACUGUAAAAGACUUGAAAUGGAGGAUCCGCAAUCGGUACAGUCACAUAUAUCCCGACAAUGGAUUCAUCGUGCUGCUUCACCAAAAAGUCACCCUGGAGGAUGAUGAUCAACGACUUUGUCAAAUCAUAGAAUACAACAAUCAUCGUGAACAGUUUGAGAUUCGAAUGCAACUCAUAGCAACCAUCAAAACGCUCAAUGGGAAUCUGAUCCGUGUCCCAUUUUCUCCGGACUGCACCGUACAAGACUUUUGUGCAAAGGAAGAACUCGGCAUUCGACCGGCAAGGCAGUGCUUCUUUCUUCAAAGCAAAUCUUUCGACUUGGGCGACCCCUUGAUGCCCAUGAUGGAAAAUGGCACAGAUAUCCCGUCAGGAUCUGAAUUGUACCUGCUGGAUCUACCGAAUGGCCGCACUGCAGCAUCAAAUGAAACUGAUGGCGAGAAGGGCUGCUCCAUACCUGAAAGUGCGCAACGAUCCGUGACUCUCUUGCAGCUCAAACAAAUAGCACUGGAAAUACUGUUGCGGUGUGAAAAGGAGGAAUGGACCAGCAUUGAUCCAAUCAAGAAUAGUCAAAAACUCAAACCUGAAGAUGUAACCCUCUACGACCUCAUGCACUAUUAUGUCAAGCCGAUUACAAGAGAACAAAAGUGUAGCUAUGCCGAGCACGUUUCAAAUGCCCCUCACCCCCCAGAUUGGUUUGUGUCGCACUGGUGGGGCGAAUCAGUGUUUCAGUUCAUUGCCUGCUUGGAACAACACGCUCACGACCGGUACUUGGACAAGGCGGAUGAGGCUCGGUACUGGAUCUGCGCUUACAGUAACAAUCAGCACGUGAUCAGCGACGAGCUCGGAGAAAACCCAAAGUGCAGCUCGUUCUUUCGAGCAUUGCAGCUUGUGGAAGGCGUGGUCUCCAUCAUGGAUGCAAACAUGGUCUGUUUUUCCAGAAUAUGGUGCGGCUUUGAAGUGGCGGUUGCCCUGCGCGAGAUUGCCGAUCAACGAGAGGCCGAAAACAGGACGUAUCUUUACGACGUGUAUUCUGUUCACGGCAGCGACCCAAUCAAGAAAUGGAAACAGAAUGUUUGUGUCGGCCUUACAGACGGGCCCACUCAAAGGGAUCUGAAGGAUGCCAAGGAGGUGGCAGCUGACGCGGCCACACUUCAGGUCAAGAGGCAGAGUGCGUUCCCGCCUUCGCCUGCAGCUUUGGAUAUAUGCAUCGAGCAGGGAGGCGCAACGGUCGAAGAAGACAAGCUGAAGAUCCUUUCCUAUAUCAGUGGCGUUCGAGGUUCCAAGCCGCCAACAAGCCAUGAAUCGUACAAUGAGAUCAAUGCAUUGCUGGCUGGGAAGUUUGCGAUAUCCACUUAUCCAACGGCACUGUACAAUCGUCAAGAUAUGAGUCCUUACCGACGAGCGUUGCAAAACUACCAAGGGCUUUGUCGAUUAACGAUGGACUUCAGCAGAUUUAUUGGUCGCCGCAGGGACGAGGCAUACAUAAACCGCCUUCGCGGUGAAGCAAGGCAUAUUGUUUCUUCACUGCCAGUGUCCUUGGAAGAGCUUCGGUUGGAUUAUUCUCGCUUCAGGUUUGAAACAUCGGAAGAGUUCUCCGCUGGACUGAGGCGGCUUUUGAAGCUGAAAACGUUGAAGUUGCGAGCCAAACGGCUUAACGAUUUGGUGUCCAUUGAUUGCCUUUUGAAUGAAAUCAGCCAGCUUUCCAAUCUGCAGCAUUUGAGGUUGGAUUUUGCAGAGUGCAUGAGACUGAAAUCCAUCAGUAUGGGUAGACCAACAAUCAGCAAACUUGUCAACGCGAAGAUGUUGCAACUGGAUUUUUCAUGCUGUCAACUUGCAUCCGUUGACAAUGUCUUUGCCGAAGUCGGGAACCUUUCUGGGCUGCGAGAACUGGUCCUCAACUUCGGAUACAAUGAUAAGAUACGCAACAUCAACUAUGCUGGCUCAAUCUCCAAGAUUGCGGCCUUGCAGAAGCUCGAGCUCGUGCUGUCCGACUGUGGACUUUCCACGAUUAACUCGCUCCUGGAGGAAACUUCCGAAUGCCCAACCUUGACAGAGCUGAGGAUAGAUGUCAGCUCGAACGAGAAACUCGGCGCAAUCACCAGAAAAGGUGGGGGGAUGCCAUCAACCUCUGAUGAAAAUGAUCUGAACGAAGAGAAACCGGAUGCUUGUAUGGCCACGACCCGUUCAAUCAGGAAGAUAUACUUGCUAUCCAAACUAUCACAAAUCGAGAUGCUGCAGCUAUCAUUUGCAUCUUGUAAUCUUUCCUGCGCAACUGUGGAGGUUGUCUUGAGAGACAUUGGAAAACUCAAGGGCCUACGAAAGCUACACCUUGACUUUGCUUCGAACCCCCAGAUCGGUCAAUUCAAGCCCAAGUUUUUGGAACCGAUUGCCAGGUUGACCAGCUUGGAGAGCCUUUCCAUUGACUUUUCGAGUUGCAAGAAAUUUUCAUUCGCUGGGUCUCUGGAAACAUCGGUAUAUCUGCUGCACUUCAAACGUCUCAAGCUGGAUCUCCACUCAAGUGAUCAGUUAACCCAUCUCGAGGGCCUCGCAACAGCCAUCUUUCGGCGUCAGGACAAGUUUGAGCAUUUCACCCUCGCAGUCAACAACUGCUCCCUCCCACUUUCUGCUUUCCUCACCAUUUGCCGGGCACUGGCCGAGUCCAGAAGCCAGGCUAGUUGGGUAGAAUUGGAUUACCAGGAAAACCCUGGGGAGAAGUUUAUCGACCCGCAAUUGGCAAAGUUCACUGGCACUACAGCAGAUCUUCGGAGGAGACUUGAGGAGGUCAACUAUGAUGCCAUGCCAAAUGGGACCAAGGUGAAGUCGUCAAUUUACCGUUGGAUGGUUGCUCAAAGGGGCUUCCGUCCCAAGAGGAAUACACUGAACGGCGGCGCAGCUACAACGUACGCCCAACACCGGGAGCAAGUGAAGAUCAAGCAGUCCGAGAAGGUCCAGUCGAAACCAAAGGCACAAGCUCAAUCGACCCAAAGUGAGCAUUGAAUACCGGGAGGUUUCAGUCAACCUGGGAGUGACUCGACUCAAUUCAAUUGAGCCAUCCGCCUACGGUAGCUCAUCGCAGAGUUUGUAAGUGAAUGGGCAGCGCCUGUUUGCCACAACGAUUUAUCAAACGCACCAACAGUAUGCUAGCCAGAGAUUGUGAACCAUUUGUCUACGCCAGCUGGCUACUCCAAGUAGCUACAACAAAGCUACACUCACGUGGUACUUCGAUUGUUGAACAUGCAACAAGCUCAUGACGAGGGAUGGAAGUUUCGCCCAGGAACACCAACGAAGCAAAACCGCUCUAGCGCGUUUGUGCGAAGGCUGCAGGAGAGUUUUGACACCGCUUAUUCUUCCAGCGACGAAUCAUCGGACUCAGAAUACAAACAGCUGUGUAAUGGUUCGUUUCCAGACGAUGAUGCGGCCUUCCUGGAUGAUGAGAAUGAUAUGGAGAUGUUCCAUCAUCAUGGAUAACGCAGAGAAAUCGAGUCAAUUGGGUUGUGGGAGCCACCAUGUUGAGUUUUUCCCGGGAUUUGUUUUGUUAAGUGAGACUCAGAAUAAUAUGCAGUCAAGUAUGUAACAAUGUACAUGUACUGUAGCCAUCAUCUAAUGCAUAAAACAGAACAAGAAAGAAUAAAGACUAGGCCUUGAAUGCUUCCAAGACA